UAAAUCACACAUCUUCAUUCGUGUGCUUCUCGUGCCCUUUCCUCACUUUAUACCUGUUCUUUCAUGUGACUCCUCUUCUAACAUCUCCUUCUCCCUCAUUCAAUUUUGAACACCAUUAUCUUCAUCUAUACUCUGCUUCUUCAUAUUCUUCCUAGUUCAUUCAAUUAAUUCUUCUCAACUUUCCUCAACAAACUUCAUAAAUCAAGAUGAUGCCCCCUGAGCAAGAAACCAAUAUUGCACCCAACAAUAUCCAAGCCAUCACAAACCGACCUGAGAACAACGAAUCACCAGAGGGUUCUUCUUCAACUAACAAGGUAAAACCCAGCUCCGAUGACAAUGGUAGUUCUCCAAAGUUUCAACCUCAUGAUCCAAUAACAACCCCAACAACAUCAUCAUUUUCCAUUCUUCAUCAAUCCUUGCGUCCUGUCACUCUCAAGUUUGAAGACGUUUCAUACAGCAUAACCUUGCAAAGUCAAAAGAAUAAAGGAUGUGUUCUUCCAAAAGAGGCAAAAGUAACCAGAAGACUCCUCAGCGGCGUGACGGGGAUAGCGAAACCCGGCGAACUGACGGCAAUGUUGGGCCCCUCAGGGAGCGGCAAGACCACCCUCCUCACCGCCCUCGCCGGAAGACUCACUGGAAAAGUCUCUGGCACCAUAACCUACAAUGGAAACCCGGACCCCACCUGCAUGAAGCGCAGGAUCGGGUUCGUAUCGCAAGACGACAUCGUCUACCCUCAUCUCACCGUGCUUGAGACGCUCACCUACACCGCCCUACUGAGGCUACCAAAUAGCCUCACUAGGGAGGAGAAGGCAGAGCAUGCAGAGAGGGUGAUUACGGAGCUUGGAUUAACACGAUGCCGGAACAGCCCCAUCGGCGGGUGCAUGGGGGUUUUCCGGGGAAUCUCCGGCGGGGAGAGGAAAAGGGUGAGCAUUGGGCAGGAGAUGUUGGUGAACCCGAGUUUGCUGUUGCUGGAUGAACCGACGUCCGGUCUGGACUCGACAACGGCUCAGCUUAUCGUUUCGGUUCUCCGAAGGCUCGCCCGAGCUGGUCGAACCGUGCUUACCACCAUUCACCAACCGUCGAGUCGGUUGUACCGGAUGUUUGAUAAGGUUGUGGUGCUUUCUGACGGGUGCCCCAUUUAUAGUGGUAAUGCAGGUCGGGUCAUGGAUUAUCUUGAGUCGGUUGGUUAUAUGCCCGCUUUCAACUUUGUCAACCCGGCUGAUUUUCUUCUUGACCUUGCUAACGGCAUAGUUGCUGAUGUCAAACAUGAUGAUCAGAUAGAGCACCAUGAGGAUCAAGCUUCAGUCAAACAGUCCCUAAUUUCAUCCUAUAAGAAGAACUUAUAUCCUCUUCUUAAAGAAGAGAUUCAUCAAAACAACAGUGAGCAAGUAGCUUUCACAUCAGGAACAGCUAGACGUUCUGAUAACCAAUGGGCCACUAGCUGGUGGGAGCAGUUUAAGGUGCUUCUUAAAAGGGGUUUACAGGAAAGAAGGCAUGAAUCUUUCUCUGGCUUAAGGAUUUUCCAAGUCUUGUCUGUGUCCAUUCUCUCAGGACUUCUAUGGUGGCACUCUGAUCCCUCACACAUACAAGAUCAGGUAGGACUACUUUUCUUCUUCUCCAUAUUCUGGGGAUUCUUCCCUCUCUUCAAUGCAAUCUUUGCAUUCCCUCUCGAGAGGCCAAUGCUAAUAAAAGAAAGAUCAUCAGGAAUGUACCAUCUCUCCUCCUACUAUGUUGCUAGGAUGGUGGGAGACUUACCAAUGGAGCUUGUUCUUCCCACUAUGUUUGUAACCAUCACCUACUGGAUGGGUGGUCUCAAACCUUCACUAGUCACAUUUGUGUUAACCCUCUUGAUCAUGCUUUUCAAUGUUCUGGUCUCUCAAGGAAUAGGCCUUGCAUUGGGGGCAAUUCUCAUGGAUGUGAAGCAGGCCACAACACUAGCUUCAGUGACCAUGCUCGUUUUUCUGUUGGCUGGUGGUUACUACAUUCAGCAAAUGCCUUCUUUUAUAGCUUGGUUGAAGUACAUUUCUUUCAGCCAUUACUGCUAUAACCUGCUGGUAGGUGUUCAGUAUUCAGUGAAUGAGGUGUAUGAGUGUGGGAAAGGAUUGCAUUGUAAGGUGAGAGAUUUUCCAGCUAUAAGGUGUUUGGAACUUGAUGACUUGUGGGGAGAUGUGGCUGCAUUGGCUGUGAUGUUUGUUGGAUACAGAGUUGUGGCAUAUCUAGCUUUGAGGAUGGGGCAGCCUCACUGACUAAAGACUUGUAUAUUAGAGAUCAUAUUAUUAAUUUUCAAGAUUGUAUGAAUCAUCGCCUCAGUCCAUGUUUGUGAUUCUUCUACAAUUGAUUCUAAGUUCAAAAUCAAUUAUGGGGAGAACAAAAUUGAGUAGUUCUGGGUAACAGAAUUGAUUCAGGGGAAAUCCAAACAUGCUACUAGUUAAAUAAGUAGUAAUUAUUUUGAUUCAAAUUGGAUAUAGAAUAUCUUAAGUACUUUGUGAUUAUUAGUAGACAUUGAAAUGAAGCAAUCAAAAUUUGUAGAAAUGUGGUCCAAUUUUUGUUUGGAGAAAAACCAGUUGUAUUGUACCACUACAUCAAAGAGUGGCUUUGGAUCUUUAUGGAAAUCUAAUUAAUGUUGCAACUUAGUACAUA